AUGUCAGUGCCUGGCCAGAAAGAGUUUCAUGUGAAACAGAUUCUAAGGCUACACUGGAGGUGGUUUAGUCAUCCUUCUCAAGGGUCACCCAACACUGGAAAAUGCCUUCAGCAGGAAGGAUAUGAGCAUAGAGGGAUCCCGGUUCAGGGCAGGUUGAAUAACCAUGCUCAGGACAGAAACAGACUGAAAAAAAGGAAAAAUUCUUUCCACCCCAACAUACUAACACCAGGGCCAGCACUGGCCCCUGACCAUCAGAGAUCCUUUCAGAAUUGGCACUCACAAAACCUGAUAGAACAUCUUCGAGCAAAUGAAGAUACUCCUAAAGCAGUUUCAGAAGAGAAUUUGUUUAAAGAAGCCUGUGAGAAACACUUACAAGAUUUGGAGAUGAUUGCUGAUGAUAAUACAGAAGAUUCUACAGUGAGGAGAGUUUAAGAGGGAACUUUCUAUGUCUUGCUUCUCUAAUGCCUCUCUUCAGCAAGAUUGGGGAACAAGAGG